UCAGAAGGAGAAUUCUCCUACCGAAGAAGACGAAGAUGGACAAUCAAUCUAGGACCUUGCUUGAUCAAGCAAUAGGUCUCAACUUCGACGAAGAUCAGAAAGAUGUUUCUUCACCUCGUAACGGACAAGUGAUUCUUGUCGAGGACUGUGUCGAGACUAGCGGCGCCUUCCUCAUUCAUCACCUCCUCAAGCGCGCGCUCUCUCCUCGCUCCUCUUCUCUCGUCAUCUUCCUUGCCUUUGCUCAACCCUUCUCUCACUAUGAUCGCAUUCUUCGAAAGAUGGGCUGCAAUUUAUCUGCACAACGAGAUAACAAAAAGUUCAUAUUCUUUGAUUUGCUCAUGUUCCAAUGUCCAGCUGGAGGAGCUAAAUUUAAUGAAGAUGGAGUUCUUGAACUGUAUGGGAAAAUUCAGAAAGCUAUAGAAAUGAAUGUCUCCACCAAUGGAAAAAGGACCAUCACUGUCAUGAUAGAUGAUGUCUGUCUAAUGGAAGUGGCUGCUAAUGGCAGUACAGAUUGCGUCUUAGACUUUCUUCACUACUGUCACACAUUAACUGUAGAAUUUGGUUGUCAUCUUGCCCUUCUCACUCACAAAGAUAUCUAUUCGGAUGUGGAAAGACCUACCUUUAUUUUACAAAUGAAGUAUUUAGCAGACGUUGUUAUAAAGACAGAACCAUUGGCCACUGGUUUGGCAACUGAUGUCCAUGGUCAGUUGACAGUUUUGAACAAAGAUAAAGGGUCAGGAAGCAUGAAGCAGGGCAUAAGCUAUUUCCAUUACAGGGUCAAGGAAAAUUGCAUCGAAUGCUCCUACCCUGGAACUAUGACUUGCUAGGCUUAUCGGAAACCUACAUAAUUUUUAUCAUCUUAGAAACGCGGUCCAUUCUCUCUAUAGCUUGAAAUUCAAUUCUUGUGAUUGCCCUAUGACUAAUGAAGGUGAAAAUCUUCAAAUGUACUAUGGAGAACCAUAAUGUGCCAAAUCAAUGAUUUUUGUUAUAUCAGCAAUUUUGAAUCUUU